UUAUCAGAACUAUGUAAUGAUGAUAUAUUAGCGUAAUACAUUUCGAACAAUCUGAUCAUACAUAAUAUACGUGUUAGGAAUAUUAUAUAAAAAAAUAAAAGGUCAACUGGACUGGAAAUGGGGUAAGAGGAGACAAGGAUAAUAAUAAUAAUGGGAACACAAUUUGAAACCUAAUCACUCAUGAUAAUGAGGCAAUAUUACCAGGGUAGGUUAGAGGUGAGAACAAGCUGUUUUUGAAUACACAAAGGAGGGUUGAAUUUUCAUAUGGCUAAGGCUUCAUUGACUCCACCUGUAGCUCUUCUAGAGUUACUGCCGGUCCCAAGUUCGGGUAAAGGAGAAGGGUUGGGCAUGGGGUUAGCGAUUCCAUCACGUAGAAAACUAACUCGCUAAAACAACUCUAACAUGAAGAAAUAAUCGAAACUAUGUUAUACUCCGGCCAUGAAGAAUGCCCCACAUACACAAGGAGUCGCAUUGAUGCUGUCCAAACAAGCACAAAAGGCACUUAUAGGAUGGGAAUCUCAUGGACCAAGGAUCAUCAAAGCCUCCUUCAAAACAAAGAAAGAGGGCAUCACAAUGAACAUCAUCCAAUGCUAUGCGCCUACCAACGACUACAAUGAAGACGCUAAAGAUCAAUUCUACAAUAGGCUACAGUCAAUCAUCGAAAAGUGCUCAACAAAGGAUUUGACCAUUCUGAUGGGAGAUUUCAAUGCCAAGGUUGGAACGGACAACACUGGAUAUGAAGACAUCAUGGGACGACAUGGACUGGGAGGAAGGAACGAAAAUGGUGAGAGAUUUGGAAACCUAUAAGCCUUCAACAGGGUCAUCACUCUCCUCUCAAUACCGGGAAAAGUCUUCAACAGGGUAUUAUUAAACAGAAUGAAGGACUGCGUAGACGCCCACCUCCGAGACCAACAGGCAGGAUUCCGUAGGGAUAGAUCGUUUACAGACCAAAUUGAGAAGAUGGAAAUAGCUCUUGAUAUGCAAACCAUGAGAGAGAUCAGUGAUACCACCCCUCGUAAAACUUCACGGUAUUCUUUCAAUGCUUUCUCUGAUUUAAUUCCAUUUUAUUCCAUAGAUAAGCCGAACUCCAUCAAAUAUCUUGAUAACAUAGAUAAGAAUGAAGUGGGCAAAUCAAGAGGAAUACAGAAGCGUCACUUACUACAAGCAAACAGUUGUAUAGCAUGAAAAGCGCUUCCAAUUGUUUUGUGAGAAUGUUUAGUUCAUAUUU